CUACCAGAACAGAAUAACAUCACUUAGAAGGAUCUACGAGAUGUGGUGCCAAGGAAAAGAAGUUACCAUAACGGAAAAACAGGAUGGUGAGUUCAUUGUUUUUUUGCCUAAUGAAUACACACCCACUCACACGCACAUACAUACAUUCAUACCAGGUGUUAAAAAGAACCUUUUGCUAUUUUUCAUCGCCAAUACCUUUUUACUGCAUUCAUAGAUGAUAAUCAGAUUUUGGUAGUGUAUAGCAGAUGAGUACAAUUUCAUUUUUAUAAAAAAUAAAUUUGGAGGCACAGAUAUCUUGCAUUUUUUCACUUUUAUGCAUUCUCUUCAAAAAUUGGCUUCAGAUUUUGGUGAUCUUGAAACCUUAUGUGUUAAAAAAGAGAGCCACAGAGAUUGCACUAAAUGCAAAUGAGUGCGUCCAAUGAAUAGAAGCAUUCAUUGCAAAUCUGGGUCAUCCUUUAUGGGGCUCACAGUCAAUGUAGGAAUUAACACCUGGAAUUAGGAAUGUUCUGCCUUUCCUCAUUAGUUUCUAAAACAAGAAAAGUUAUGUACCAUAAAUUAAUGCAUUGCAUUGCUUACUAUUUUCUCUUUCUUUUUCUUUUAAAAUCAAACUAGACAUUGAUGCCCAGGAGGCCACAGAGGUGAUGGUAGUUGACAGGAUGGACCAGGAAGAGGAGAGAGAGCAUGGAGGGGACAAUAAGGAAGGAGAGGAGGAUCAGGCUGAGGAGGAGGAGGUGGGACAGGACAAGGAGAUUAGACAAGAGGAGAGGGAAGAUGAUCUGACAGCUGUAGGUCUGCUUCAGGAAAUGCAUUUGACAGUUAUCAAGUCUCCAGAGGUUGAGAUGAUGGAAGAGGAAAGGUUGAAGGAAUGUGAGGUAACGCAGGACAAUGAGACUGUAUCAGAGGUGAAUGACGAUGAACUAGUCCAUUUACUGGAGGAACUGAGGGCAGAGAGUACAAACGUUGAUGCUCCAAAUGCUUUGGAGGUGAAUGAAGGACGUACUGAAAAUCAGCAGAAGGGGGAAGUACAGGAAGUGACAGCACAAGAGAAGGGUGAUGAUCAUCAGGCGAAAGAAGUGCAGAUGAAGGAUGCAUUUGAUGAUCUGAAGGGGUUGAGACUACCACCCAAAAUGAAGAAAAGAGGAAGACCAAAGGGCCAGGAGUGCACUGUUGUUGGGCUGCCAAAGAGAAAAAAACGUCAGACCAUUCCAUUCUCAAGAUUGCAUCCAUGUGAGAAAGAUCAAGCUGUUGUGUCAUGGCUUGUCGGAGAAGAGCUGGCAAAGAGAAGUAUUCUAAGAGGAUAUAUGAUCGAGGAGGUGGAUGUCGAGGUCAGACCUGAGAAACUGCCCUCCAGGAUUUUAGACGAGCAGGUCGAUGUUAACAGGAUGAGGAAGUAUUUUACCAAAGAUGCCUGGAGUUUGGUGCAGGAUGUGGUGGCUGCCAAGAGGAAUGAUCCAAGAUGGACAUGCCCUAUUUGCAACCUUGACCUUGAUGACAUAGACUCACCUACACUUGGGUGUGAUGCCUGCUUGGAAUGGUUUCACCUGAAAUGUCUAGGGAAAGCAAGCCAGCCAAAGGCGGCCAAAUGGUUCUGCUCAGUUUGCCGCAAUGCCACACACCGCAACUCCCAAAACUGAUUAAUUUGGGAACAGAUCCAUCCAGGCUCAAAAGUCAUGAAAUUAGUAUGGAAUUGCUAAUUUUACCUAGUUUGGCCUAAGGUCGGUCAGGCUUACCUCAAGCAUUCCAUAUUUCAGUUGAGCGGAGAUAUGUCUCUCCUCUGGUCUCGAUCUGUUGCACAGAUCGAUACUUCUUGAAAUCCUUGUGUAGAACUUAGUGAAAGAAGACUCGCUUUCAUUUUAUUCUUUAUUCAUUCCUUUGGUAUUCAUUUUAAUAGUUUUUUUUUUUUUUUCAAAAUCGGAAAAGAAAGCAAACUCUUGGCCUAUUUCCAAUGCCACGUUUAAGGAGAGUUUAUGCGGUUUUCAGCCGUUAUGUAACUGGCAUAAGAUAUGUAUGCUAUACAAAAAAAAACAUGAAAGAAUGAACAGUAAAAUAAUUAAAAUGUGUAAUCUGCUAUAGCCUAAAUAUUCAAAUACAUUAAAGUGAUUACACAAUGGUAAACAAAAUUUUGAUAUAUGAUCAAGAAUAGAAUUCUAAGAAGAAUGACAUUAAAAAUAUGAUGAUUUUCAAUCGAAAUCAUUGCAUUUUGGCAAAUUUUCUCAUAAAAAGUUAUGAGCUGACCCAAAAAAAUGAGUUUAAGGUAUGACGUAUAAGUGGGUACCCAGCUUCACGCAUUGCAGUUGUGCUACGCGUUAGACUGUACAACAUGUAUUAUACAUUGCGCGCAUUUUGCUAGAAGUGCGCGACAAGGUACCCACUUUUAAAUCAUUUUGACAUCAAAGUGGGUACCCAGUUGAAACUGGGUCACAGCUUAGGGGUCAAAAAUAUCCUGAAUUCUUACCACAUUUGGGGGUUUCCUUGGCAACACGACUUUUAAAGAAACUUUAGACAGAUGAUUUUCUGCUAAUAAAAUCAUGCUCUUUUAAAUGAACUAACAUUGUUUGAGCAUUGGGUACCCCCUUUAAUAUUAAAAAUUUGCAUGAUUGUAGUAUGUAGAAUUCUGUAUGAUUCUAGGUUUAUAUAUGAUUCGGCAGAAGAAACUCUUAAAGCUUUUUUGUUUCUUUUCAAAAGCUGAAUUCACUUAACGUACCUACACAUUGAUGGCUCAAGUCUCCUCGUGAUUAAUGACUCAGUUUUCCUCAUGUUGACCAUUUUUUGAAGAGGAUGACAGUUUCAAUGAAGUGCUGAUAUUGAACUGAAUCAAAGUCAUCGGGGGGAAAAAGGUUCUAUAUGUUACAUGAUAAUUUUAUGUGUUCCAAUGAAUCUAAGUGCAGUCACAGAAAGUGAUGAACUGGUAACUCCUUUUCACUUUUAACAAUCAUGUUUUUGGUACACAUUUUUAAACAAGGCAUUACAGUACACUCCCAUGUUUGCAUUUGCUAAAAAAGGACAGCAACUUUAGACUCGAUACAUACAAAAUGCAAGUAUAUGGUUCCAUUUGAUAUAGACUGGCCAUCUGGAUAAAAAGAAAAGAAAACUGUGCACUGCCAAAGAUGAAUGUGAUUUUCAUAUUGGCUUUCUUUUACUCUGACCAAGUAGAGUCAUUGUUGUGUUUUAAAAGAUUAAUGAUCUUUAUAAGUUGGCAUUAUACAUGUUUAUGUUCUCUUUUGAACUGAGUUUGGAUAUAAAGUUGAAAAUAAAAAUGUGUUUUGACUUAAUUAGAAUGUGUGCAAAUUGUGUCUGAAUUAUUUUAAACUGGGGGGGGGGAUCAUAGGGAUGGGGGGGGAGUCAAAUAGUCAAUCGGGGUUAGUAUAUGUAGAGUAAACAAACAAAAUGGCUACAUAAUGAGUAAACAUAUUUCUUAUCAAUGUGCGUGCUUGUUUCUUUGUUUCUGUAUAUGUGCAUGUGUGCAAGUAUCAAUGGGUGUUUAUACGUCCGUGAGUUGUGUUGGUGUGUACAUGUAAGGGGGGAGGGGUUAGUGGAGAAUAAUGAAUAAUUAUGAAAUUAAUCUAAAACCUGUAAUGAUCACUGUAUGAGGGGAAAUAAUGAAAUCAAUAAUUAAGCUAAUGGUAAUAAUCACUGUUUAUCAUACCCCCUAACCCAUCCCCAUCCCCCCCC